AUGCACGAUACCAAGGCUGUGGGAAUGGAUCCCGGUAGUGCUGAGACCCGAGAGACUAUCAGACAGCAGCAUGGGCAGAGGACGAUUGCCUACUGUAUCAUGAGAGCAAUCCUGCGUUUUGGCCAGCAUAAAACGCCUCUGACGUGUUUCCCGCGUGCUUGGACCGACCAGACGGACUCUGAGCAACGUGCCUCUCUGACGAACGCGCGAAAUUCGCCACAGGUCAACUCAAACAGGGCAAGAGAGGCUCGUUCGCGCAAGAACGACUUCUUUUGGGGCUAG